AUGCCAAGUUUGGAAAAUAGCUAAAUGUAUGUCAAGCCCUCAAUUUGCUAUCCUAAGUUUUACUUAUCUCGCAUAUAUAGAUCAGCUUGCCUUGAUUAUAAUGUAUAAAUUAUAAAUAUGCUUCUUGUGAAAAUACUAUUGUACUUGCGCAUCAUGCAAUGCUGGCAAAUACUUUUGUAAUUCACGGUGUGUUCUGAAUGUGUCAACAACCCAACUGGUUGCAUUGCUUUUAUUGAUACAAUUAAAAGAAAAAUCAAUUUUUAAUGGGUUUUUACUGAUAGAUAUUAAAUUGAUGGGUUAAAUUAAUGCUAACUUUGUACUGCCUCAUGGACAUAGUGUGAAUAUAAUGCUAAUAAUCAAUCGUUCAGAGCGCAUUUCUACUUAUACAUUAAGUCUGAGUAUACAAUAUCUAUGAGAUUGCAACCUGGCUAUUUUCUGUUGAUCCUCAAUAUGUAAGUAAGGUGUAAGUCUAUUUUCAACUUGUGA